GCAGCAGAGCCCCUACCCCUGGCAAUCCCGACCAGUGCAGCAGGCGCGACCCCGAAAGUGCUGUCAUCUGUUGGGAUUUAGCGUUGGUGCUCCCAAAAUUGUCGAGGAAGGUGCGCAGAAUGGUUCGGUGUCCGUAACCAACGGUAGGGUCGUUCACUCGUACGUACCGCCCUCGUCCCUCCAUCCCUCCAUCAGCUCGACCGCUGCUUGUAUUGGUGUCCCCUCCAAAAAAAAAAGUACGAACUCCGUCCUUACUCCAUCCCCCCAUCCAAAUUUCUCCUCUCCUCCACUUCAUCCACGAUCCCGAGACUCGUUGAAUUACCAUUCCAUUUCUUGACCCCAUCGCCCUGCUUUUAAAAGGUUCCCUUUGGUAUGUGUGCCCUUUCUUAGAGCUCCGAACUUUCCCCUCGCCCAGUUCACCCCUCACAUUCUGUCCAUAUCCCCCAAUCCUGUCAAUUAUACCAUUCGAGAUCUGCUGCACGGCUCUCUUAUCUGAGGAGCCCUUGUGACCGAUCGUAGUCGAGUACCGUCUGCUGUGAGAAGUCCUGAGAAAUUCACUAGGUGUGAACCAACCGAUUCCCCCCACAAGCUCUUGAGACCUCCAACCUGUCCGUGAAGCGUCCCCGGCACUCGACAAACUCCAGCUUAGAACCGCUUCAACAAGAAACCGAAAGCUAAUCUGCGUGAUUAUCUAGAAACUUCUUCACAUACCUCAAAAUGGCCGCCAAAUCGAUCCUCGAAGCUGAUGGAAAGGCCAUCCUCAACUACCACCUCACCAGAGCUCCAGUCAUCAAGCCAUCUCCUCUCCCAAAAUCCGCCACACACAACGCCCCUCCAAAGCUCGCAUCUCUAUACUUCCCAGAAGAUGCAGAGGUUUCAGCAAUUCUUGACCAGGCAGAGGUCUCAUACCCAUGGCUUCUUGUCCCCGGUUCCAAAUUUGUCGCUAAGCCAGAUCAAUUGAUCAAGCGCCGUGGAAAGAGUGGCCUGUUGGCCUUGAACAAGACAUGGCCAGAGGCAAAGGCUUGGAUUGCUGAGCGUGCUGGCAAGGAGCAAAAGGUCGAGACAGUGAUGGGUGUUUUGCGACAGUUCUUGGUUGAACCUUUCGUACCCCAUCCAGACGGAACCGAGUACUACAUCAACAUCAACUCGCAAAGAGAGGUAUGUGGGAACUUCUUUCCUUUCGUGUUGCAGACUCCAACCCCGUGGGGCGGAAAAGUGGUGUCGAAAUUCACAUUUCGAACUCGGACUCCGAAAAAGGAAUCCGAAUCCAAAUGAGAUGGGCAUGUUUUUUCUUGGUCAGAAAUUGCAUCUUUUCUCAAGUGAGAAAUCGUUGUACCUCGGUGGGAAUCCACGACCUUUUGUCGUUGCAGCACGGCCACAUGCGCGUUUCGGCAAAUUCCCCGGGCGAGCGGAAGCUAGAGGAGAUCAGUUAUAGAAGAACCAGAACCAGAUCACAGCUUAGUCCCGGGAAGCUUUGGUACCUGCAUCUGUCCUCUCUCCGCAUAUAAGGCUUAAAUUGUGUAACGAUUGCAGUGGCACGUUGUGCGGUUAUUUUUACCAUGUCAUGGCUUGGUGGUCUAAGUCAACGCGACAGCACAGCUGGUCUUGUCAAACCCCUGCUGUUCUUCAGGGGUCAAAUUUCCACUCUUGCACAAUAAAUAUGCGUUGAUAAACUUUACUAACAUACACCUCUUCAACAGGGUGACUGGAUUCUAUUCACACACGAGGGAGGUGUUGAUGUUGGAGACGUUGACGAGAAGGCCGAGAAACUCCUAGUCCCAGUCGACCUUUCAGAAUACCCAUCAAACGAGGAGAUUGCCGCAACCUUACUCAAGAAGGUUCCAAAGGGUGUACACAACGUUCUCGUCGACUUCAUUACACGAUUAUACGCCGUUUAUGUCGACUGUCAAUUCACAUACCUUGAGAUCAACCCACUGGUUGUUAUUCCCAACGCCGAUGCCACAUCCGCUGAGGUUCACUUCCUGGAUUUGGCUGCUAAGCUCGAUCAAACUGCCGAGUUUGAGUGUGGUGUCAAAUGGGCCGUUGCACGCUCACCUGCUGCCCUCGGUAUGGCUGCUGUCAAGGCAGCUGAUGGAAAGGUCAACAUUGACGCUGGUCCACCAAUGGAAUUUCCAGCUCCUUUCGGUCGUGAGAUGAGCAAGGAGGAGGCUUAUAUUGCUGAGCUUGACGCCAAGACUGGUGCUUCUCUCAAGCUCACCAUCCUCAACUCCAAUGGCCGAGUAUGGACUCUGGUCGCUGGUGGUGGUGCUUCCGUCGUCUAUGCCGAUGCCAUUGCAAGCAGUGGAUUUUCUGACGAGCUCGCCAACUACGGUGAAUACUCCGGAGCCCCUACGGAGACACAAACCUUCCAUUAUGCACGAACAGUCAUUGACCUUAUGCUCCGAGCUCCUAUGCACCCUGAGGGUAAGGUCUUGUUCAUUGGUGGUGGUAUUGCCAACUUUACCAACGUUGCUUCUACUUUCAAGGGUGUUAUCCGCGCUCUUAAGGAGUUCAGCCCACAAUUGAUUGAGCACAAGGUUCAAAUCUGGGUCAGACGUGCUGGUCCUAACUACCAGGAGGGAUUGAAGAACAUCAAGGCCGUUGGUCAAGAACUAAACCUUGAUAUGCACGUUUAUGGCCCUGAGAUGCAUGUCAGUGGUAUUGUUCCUUUGGCUUUGAUUCCAGGACGUUUGGCCCAGAGUAAGGUUGAGGAGUUCAAGGGUUGAAAGGAUGUUUAGAUGAAAUUUUCUGCAAGGGGUUUUUUUGGGCAUCUGUUUGAGCUGCAAGAUGAUGGUGGUGGGAUAUACCCACCUUGGACGUUAUACAUAGACACUCAUAAUUGCCUUUGGUGGGUUGCUAGCACUGUGUAAUCUGGUAGGCGUUGGCGAGGGAUCUGUGGUCACGUCUUGAGCAUGAGAGCGCAAAAAUAAACUAUUUCACGAUUAACA